AUGGCCUAUUCGACCGCAUGUUUAGACAACGAUACAGCGGAUUACCUAAUUUGUUUGUCCUCUUCAAAUGUAGCUGCUAGAUCACAUGAUGAAGCAAGUGAAAUUAAUCUAAUGAAGUCUGCCACAUCAUUAAAGGUGACUCUCCUGGGCAGUGGGUGGAGUUCGUCAAUAGCGGGCUUGUCCACCAUCAGCAGACAGCUUGCCAUUCUGUUGGCCAAACACUCUAAAGUGGACGUUACUCUCCUAGUCCCACAGUUUGCCUGCUCUGAAGAAGAGAAGAGGAUGGCAUCAAGUCACAAUGUUUCCAUCCAGGAGGCCAAGAAACUUGCAGGCUUCAGAAAUCCUCUUGAAUGGUUGAGUUUCCCACCAAGAGACCUUGUCAUUGACUUUGUGCUGGGUCAUGGUGCAAAGCUUGGUAAGCAAGCCCAAGUUAUCAGAAAGUCUCACAGUUGCAAAUGGAUUCAGGUGCUACACUCUGCACCCGAAGAACAAGGAAUACACAAAAUCUAUCCCAAGGCCAUUUCCAAAGGUGAAGAUGAGAAUACAACUGAAGUGGAGUUGUGUAAGUUGGCAGAUGCUGUGGUGGCAGUUGGACCAAAGUUGAGGAAGGCUUACCCUUCCCACCUGCACUCAUGCGAGAAGCAACAAGAUGUAAUUCAACUGACGCCAAGCACGUUCAGUGAGUUUUCCGACGUACAUCAAGCUGCAAUUGAUGCGGACAAGUUUAAGGUUCUAACGUUUGGCUGUGGUAACCCAGAGGAUUUCAGCUUGAAGGGCUAUGAUAUUUCUGCUAGAGCAAUAGUUGAACUGAAAGACAACUCUUACCAUCUGAUGUUCGUAUGUGCACCUGACGGUAAACAGGAUGAGGUUGCAUAUAAUUUACUCAAGAGUGGAAUUUGUAAAAAUCAGCUGACCGUGAGGAAGUCCGUCCAAAGCAAAGAGAGAUUGAAAGAGUUAUUCUGUGAAGUUGAUCUCUGCAUCAUGCCCUCCAGAACAGAGGGUUUUGGUUUGACAGCGUUAGAAGCGUUGUCUGCUGGUCUUCCCAUUCUUGUCAGUGGAAACUCAGGAUUUGGUGAAGCACUGUGCGCUGUACCAUCAGGCAAAUCAUUCGUGGUGGAGUCUGAGGACCCUGGGGAGUGGGCAAAGGCAAUUGCUAGUGUCCGACAGAAGGAAAGAUCAGAUCGCCUUGAAGAUAUUCGACAAGUGAGAAGUUUAUAUGAAGAGAAGUAUAGCUGGGAGAAGCAAUGUGACAGUCUUGUGGAGAAGAUGUGGGACAUACAUGUAGUUCAAGUUGCACGUCUUGUUAUUAAUGGUAGCGGGGGCGGCGGUAUCAUUAGUCUGUAUAGACGCGGUUGGGAUGCGUUUGUGAUGGUUGUCGAUUAUUUGUUUCGUGUUGUUCAUGCAGCUGUAAUUGAUCUUGAUGGUGUUUCGGUUGAAGACUUUUCUGAGCUUGUGAUCUUUGGGAAAGUGCUUGUCUACUAG